CAAAAAUCUCUCCCCCCCCCUUCCCCAUUUGACUCUCAUUUCAACUUCAUUUCGCGUGCAUUUCAAUACCAUCUCAAUUUCAUUUCACUCCCCCACUCCUCCCCUUCCCCCACCCUCAUUUCAUUUGCAUUUCAAUUUCAAUUCCGAGACGUUACUUUCUCUCUCUCCCUACAUCUCUUUCUCUCUCUAUAUUUCGUUGUCUCCCCCCUUCUCUCUCUCUCUCCUCGUUCGUAUCGAAUAGCGAUCGUUUUCGAGUAAAACUUGGACGAUUAUGGAUAUGGUGGAAGAAGCCAUUUGGCUCCGAUUCUCUACGCGAUCUCCUCGGCUCUCUCUCUCCAGAGUUUCUUGAAUUUUUUUUCCCCACCUUCCUUCUCUUUCUACAGAUCUGUGAGAACUGAAGACACACUCUCUCUCUAGAGCUGACUUUGCUCCCGGAGCUUUUGGUCGUAGGUUUAAUUGGGGUGCAAGUCUUUCGAUAUGCAGCCAAUUUGAUUGUCGUGUAUUGGCUGUGGUUCAGCUUACUGAAGCAUGUGCAGUGGACCGGAGCAAUCAAAAUCCACGUCGUCUUCAACCCCAACCGCUGCAGAAAACAAAUCUAACACCAAAGACAUGAGUCAACUAACUGUUGAGACGAAGGAUUCUUUUCCCUGUUCACUUGAACUUGCUGCUAAUAACGAUUUUAAGGGUUUCAAGCUAUUUGUGGAGCAAGAUGCUGCUUCUGCUAUUAAUGAGGUUGGACUCUGGUAUGGCCGGAAAAAGGGCUCAAAACAAAUAGUCCUUGAGCACAGAACUCCACUCAUGGUUGCUGCUACAUAUGGAAGCCUUGAUGUUAUGAAGUUAAUCCUCUCUCUUCCUGAAGUUGAUGUGAAUCUCUCUUGUGGACCCGACAAAAGCACUGCUCUUCAUUGUGCUGCCUCUGGUGGUUCAGUUAAAGCUGUUGAUGUUGUGAAGCUGCUUUUAUCAGCUGGUGCUGAUCGGAAUUCAAUGGAUUCUGGUGGUUUACGUCCCUUUGAUGUGAUUAUUGUCCCUCCGAAGCUCCCCAGUAUGAGAGCCUCACUUGAGGAAUUGCUAAUGUAUAGUCUUUCUGAUGGUUCUGUUGGUGAACAUAACCUAAGGGUAUCAAUCACCAGUUCAAACUCCAACUCGCCAACAUUAUCUUCAUCACCAGGCAACGGCUCACCGCGAUCUCCUUCGGAUUCAGUUUCUUCUCCGAUGACCUCCAAGUUUAAUGAUCUUCCUAGUAAUUCUGUAUCUGAGAAGAAAGAGUACCCGAUUGACCCUUCUCUCCCAGACAUCAAGAACAGCAUCUAUUCAACAGACGAGUUUCGCAUGUUCUCAUUCAAAGUAAGGCCCUGUUCAAGGGCCUACUCGCACGAUUGGACUGAAUGCCCUUUUGUUCACCCAGGAGAAAAUGCUCGGAGGAGGGACCCGCGGAAGUACCACUACAGUUGUGUGCCUUGCCCUGAUUUUCGCAAGGGCGCUUGUAGGAGAGGGGAUAUGUGUGAAUAUGCCCAUGGAGUGUUUGAAAGCUGGCUCCACCCGGCUCAGUACCGAACUAGGCUAUGUAAGGAUGGAACGAGUUGCGCAAGAAGGGUUUGCUUUUUUGCCCACACCCCUGAGGAGCUCCGCCCAUUGUAUGUUUCAACGGGGUCUGCUGUUCCAUCUCCGCGAUCAAAUGGUAGUGCUAUGGACAUGUUGAGCCUUUUGCCUGGUUCGCCCUCCUCAUUAAUGUCUGCUUCACCAUUCAAUCAACAACCUAUGUCUCCAUCCGGGAAUGGGAUUUCUCACUCUUCAUUGGCUUGGCCUCAACCAAACGUUCCAACCCUUAAUCUCCCUGGAAGCAAUCUGCAGUCAAGUCGAUUGAGAUCUUCCCUUUGUGCAAGAGACAUUGCACUUGAGGAGUUGAACAUGUUGCCAGAUUUUGACACCCAACAGCAACAUCUCCUUAAUGACUUGGCUUGUUUUGCUCAGAGCCGUUCUAAUUCGGCCUCCUUUAACCGCUCCUGUUUGUCUAAAGCACUAACUCCUUCGAAUCUCGAUGAGCUAUUUUCUGCCGAGAUCAAUUCUUCUCCCAGAUACUCUGAUCAGGCGGCGGGUUGUGGUGUUUUUUCUCCAUCUCACAAAUCUGCUGUUCUGAGUCAGUUUCAGCAGCAGCAGAGCAUGCUGUCGCCUAUCAAUACUAAUAAUGUUUUCUCACCCAAAAAUGUUGAGCACCCUCUAUUGCAGGCUUCCUUUGGUGUUUCGUCUCCCCGAGGCAUGUCUCCACGAAGUGUGGAACCAAUCUCUCCAAUGAGCAAUCGGCUCUCUGCGUUUGCUCAACGUGAGCAGCAGCAGCAUCAACAACUACGCAGCCUCAGUUCGCGGGAUCUUGGAUAUAACCACAACCCUAUUUCUGCUGUGGGGUCCCCUGGGAAUCAGCAGUUAUGGGGAUCCCCAAAUGGAAAAGUGGACUGGUCUGUCAAUGGGUCUGAACUGGGUCGACUACGAAGGUCAUCUUCUUUUGAGCUGAAUAACAAUGGGGAGGAGCCGGACUUGUCGUGGGUCCAAUCUCUGGUCAAGGAAUCAUCACCAGCUGAGAUGAAAGACAAGGUUGCUGGAGGUCCAGUUUCUGGGGUUGUGUCAAAUGGUGAGGCUGUGAAAUCCGGUUCUCAAGCUGAAUCGGUUGAUCAUUCGGUUUUAGGAGCGUGGCUUGAGCAGAUGCAACUCGAUCAGCUCGUAGCCUAAGUUAAAAAUUGAAUUCUUUUCACUCAUUCAAAUAUAAACAGAAGUUAGGAAGUACUUCCUUUUUGGGGUUUUUAUUUUGGCUGGUGGAGGAGAUGAAGAUGGUGAAAUUUUAACAAGGGUUUAAGAGGGAGGCAUAAAGUUUGGGAAAGAUCAUUCAUUUUUCAUUUGUUGUUGCAGCAGGAGUCAGAAAAUGAGCAUGAAGAACCCUAUCUGGGCUACUAAAGUAACCCAGUCCAGAUUUGGUAUAGUUUCUUAAUAUUUUUUUGAAGUUGUAGAAUUUCUUUUUCCCUUUACAUUUCCUUUGAAGAAAAGCUACACGUUUCACUGCAAUGAAACCGGGCUUUUUUUCUUUUUUUUUUCUCUGUUGAUUUCUAAACUGUUUUUUCCAUUUGCUAAACUAGUAACUGUAAUCUCAGAGGAAUGGUGGUUGUCUUUUGCCUCUCAUUCAUGAUGUCUGUAUUGUUGAGUGGUGGCAAAGGUUGGUAGAAAGUCUUGUGGAGGUACCAUUGUUCCUCUAUUGAUGUAAAAUUGAGUUUAAAUAGCUUAUUAUUAUUUCAAUA